AUGAGCACAGGAGAGAGACAGCUCCUUGCCGUCUUUGGCGCAACAGGCCAACAAGGAGGCAGCGUCAUCAAGACCGUGCUUGCGGACCCGGAGCUAUCCCAAAGAUACCGAGUGCGCGGCCUCACUCGAGACACAUCAAGUGCAGGAGCACAAGCACUGCAAUCUCAAGGCGUUGAAGUCAUCCGCGCCGAUGCCUCGGACAGCGUAGAAUCCGUCGCUUCGGCACUCCAAGGGUCCGACGUCGCCUUCGUGGUCACGGUCACAGACUACGGUGCCAAGGACGGCACGUACAGGACAGAACUGAGGCAGGGCAAGCGCAUCGUGGACGCUGCUGUUGCCGCAGGGGUGAAGUAUCUCAUUUUCAGUACCUUGAAGCACGUAUCAAAGACCUCCGGCGGCAAGUACACGAAAGUCGGGGGAUUUGACAGCAAAGCGGAGGUCGAGGAGUAUAUCCGUGCGCUGGGGAAGGAUCCGAAAGUGGGGCUCAAGAGCGCAUUCUUCGCGCCCGGCUCCUUCAUGCAGAAUUUCCAGCACCUGAUGGCGCCGCGGCCUGCCGGGGACGGGACGUACGCGUUGACUGGUAUCAUGACGCCCGAAACGAAGCUGCCGUUGAUCGACACGUUGGGCGACACGGGCAAGUAUGUGGGCGCGAUCCUGGCUGACCUUGCCAAGUAUGAGGGCAAGGUGAUGUCGGCCGCGAGCGAGCUGACCUCGAUGACGGAGACUGUGGCGCAGAUGAGCAAGGCGUUGGGCAAGACGGUGGUGUACAAACAAAUCUCUGUGGACGUGUACAAGACUUUUCUGCCGCCGAAUGCGCGGGAUCAGUUGGUGGAGAUGUUUUUGUAUAUCCAGGACUAUGGUUACUAUGGUGAAACGACGAAAGAGGAUGUUGAGUGGACUGGGCAGCAAGCUCGGGGCCAGUUAACUUCUCUUGAACAGUAUCUUGCUGAGAAUCCUAUUCAUGUCGACUAG